AUGGCCGCGACGAAGGACGAGAAGGUGAACAAGGCGAGCAAGGCCGCCAAGUUCGUGAAGAAGGGUGCCAAGGGGAAGCUUUUGAAGAAGCGAUUCUCGGCCACGUUCCACAGGCCGCGAACGCUCAAGCAUGAGCGCAAGCCCGCGUACCCGCGCGUUUCCGUGCCGUCCAAGCCGAAGCUCGACCGCUUCUCGAUCCUGAAGCACCCGCUCGCGAACGAAACCGCGUUGGCGAAGACGGAGAACAACAACACGCUCGUCUUCAUCGUCGACGCGCGCGCGAACAAGCGACAAAUCAAGGAGGCUGUCAAGCGCAUGUACGACAUUGACUGCGCCAAGGUGAACACGCUCAUCCGUCCGAACGGCGACAAGAAGGCUUACUGCCGCCUCACGGCCGACCACGACGCUCUCGACGUGGCGAACCGAAUCGGCAUCAUCUAA